CUACUACAUAUAUUUUCCAUUCGUCGUUGAAAUCCUAGAACAUAUUGCACCCCGUAGCUCGAAUAGUACUAUUCAGUCAUUUUACUGUUCUACAUAUAUAUGGCUCCUUCUGUUGUUGCAUUACCAACUGCUUGUCAUGAUCAACUGAAGGGUCGAACUCUAAUUGUUGGAUCGACCGGGUUCAUUGGACGUUUCAUCGCUGAAGCUAGCCUUAAUUGUGGUCGACCUACGUAUCUCUUAGCUCGUUCUGGCUCGCAGUAUCCAUCUAAGGCAAAAACUAUCAAGACUCUCCUAGACAGAGGUGCCAUCGUAUUACAUGGUUCAAUCAAUGAUCAGGAUUUCAUGGAAAAGUUGCUUAAAGAUUACAAGAUUGAAGUGGUGAUAUCUGCUGUUGGUGGUGAGAACAUUUUAGACCAGGUUACGCUUAUUCGCGCCAUCAUAGCGGUUGGUACUGUCAAGAGGUUUUUGCCAUCAGAGUUUGGGCACGACAUAGAUAGAGCUGAUCCAGUAGAGCCAGGGCUAACCAUGUACAAGGAGAAACUAGAAGUACGACGUCUGCUUAAAGAAUCAGGAAUUCCCUACACUUAUAUCUGCUGUAAUUCAGUCGCUGCUUGGCCGUAUCACGACAACACUCACCCUUCUGAAGUACUUCCACCAUUAGACCGGUUUCAGAUCUAUGGAAACGGCACCACUAAGGCUUAUUUUGUAGCGGGUGCCGAUAUUGGAAAAUUCACCUUGAAAACCAUCGAAGAUAAACGUACAAUAAACAAAUCAGUUCAUUUCAGGCCAUCCUGUAACUACCUUAACAUAAACGAGUUAGCAUCAUUAUGGGAGAAGAAGAUCAAGAGAACUCUCCCAAGAAUCACCAUCUCUGAACAUGACUUGCUUUCAGCUGCCAAAGAAAACUUGAUUCCACAAAGUAUCGUCGCUUCGUUCACUCAUGAUAUAUUUAUAAAGGGUUGCCAAAUCAAUUACGCGGUUGAAGGACCAGACAAUGUUGAAGUGAGCUCAUUGUACCCCGACAUCCCUUUCAAGACUAUUGACGAAUGCUUCGAUGACUUCGUCAUCAAACUCAUUGAGCACUCUCCACCUUUAGAGAAUGCAGUCAAAGUAGUCCAAAAUCCAGGAGUUGAUGAUGGAAUUGCAACUUCGAAUCGUUUGGUGGAUGUAAGGCCAAUAACAGCUACAUAUGCCUGACCCGGUGACUUCUAAACUGUUCGAGUAACCAACAUUUGCUUGGAUUUGUCUACUUAAGUGUAUUCUGCUUCAGAACUCUCGUAGCAAACAUUUGCUUUGAUUUGUCUGUUUAAGUCUAAUUUGUUGAAGAACCAAAUAAGCUUUUAUCAUUCAUGUAUUUUAUUAAUUUGUGGAUCAACUAAUGAUUAUGUUUCUUUGUUAA